AUGGCUGCGAACGGAGCGCAGCAGGGUUUCGGACCCGAUGAGGUGCACCAGGCUAUGCUGACUAUGCGGGGUGGGGACUCGGAUAAGAAGAAGAAAGCCCAUGAAUAUCUAGAACUCUUCCAGAAAUCGUCGGCAGCAUGGACCACGACCAUCACGAUAUUACAGUCAAAUGCCGAAGCGGACAUCAAGUUAUUCGCAGCGACGACACUGAGAGGGAAGAUAACAUACGACCUGUCAACCCAAGUACCCGCGCCUGAGAUCCCAGCCGUGAGAUCUCAAUUGUUAGCGCUCUUGAAACGUUUUGCGCCAGGGCCGAAGCCGAUCAGGGUACAACUAUGUGUGUGUCUAGCAAUCUUAGCCAUACAGAUGCAAGAUUGGAAAGACGUGCUACCUGUUGUGGUGUCAUCCCUCGGCGAUGAUGUCGAAAGCCAUGCCUGCAUCUUGGACUUCCUUAGGGUUCUACCAGAAGAGGUGACCGAGGGGCGAAAAAUUACCCUAACAGAUGAAGAGCUCACGUUGAGAACCGCCGAGUUAUUAGAAGGAAAUGCUCCACAAGUGGUGCAACUCCUGAUUAAUUAUGCCCAUUCAUCGCCGGUGGCUGCGACAAAUCCUCAACUUUUUGAAUGCAUAACGUCCUGGCUACGCGAGGUUCCUAUCAACGAGAUCGUCAAAUCCCCUCUAUUAAACAUUGUUUUCAAUGCCCUUGAGAGCGAUGUCUCUUUCACAGCAGCUGCCGAGUGCAUUUGUACUAUGGUCAGAGAGACUAGGGAGAUAGAUGACAACAUAGAAACCAUCCAGGUACUUUUACCGCGGGUUGUUGCUUUGCAGCCCAAGAUUCAAAAAGUGGCCGAAGAAGAAGAUUUCGAGUCAUACAAAGCUCUCACCAGGCUGUUGGGCGAGGCCGGUUCUUCGUGGGCCGUUGCCAUUGCCCGGGAACCAAGUCAUUUCAGAGCCCUUGUCGAUGCCAUUCUCGAGUGCGCCGCAAGAGAUAAAGACAGAGAAGUUAUCGAAUACACUUUCGAAUUCUGGUACGAACUUAAGCAGUAUCUUGUACUAGAUAAGUAUAUACAGUCCCGUGUAGAUCUCGUGGACGUAUAUGCGAAAGUUGUCGAUAUUCUCCUUAAACAUCUCGAGUAUCCUGACUCGGUGUCUGGUAACGAAAAGGAUUUGUUUGACGGAGACAGGGAAGCAGAAGAGAAGUUCCGUGAGUUCCGACACCACAUGGGAGAUACCUUAAAGGACUGUUGCGAGAUCAUGGGCGUUUCCGAGUGUCUAGCAAAGGUUCUUGAUGCUAUCAAGGUCUGGAUGCAAAAAUACGCGGGCCUGGCGAACGGUGCCUCAGUCCCCCACUGGCAACAGCUAGAAGCUCCGUUGUUCUCUAUGCGAGCGAUGGGCCGUAUGGUUACCAAGGACGAGGAAACCGUUCUACCCCAACUCAUGCCCCUCCUAGUACAAAUGCCAGCUCAUGAGAAGCUACGUUUUGCGACAAUCAUGGUGCUGGGUAGAUACACAGAGUGGACAGCUGCUCACCCAGACUUUCUCAGUCCCCAGUUUAACUAUAUCGUUUCUUCUUUUGACACAAACUCAAAAGAGAUUAUGGGAGCCGCCGCUAUGGCGAUCAAAUAUUUCUGUAUGGAUUGCAGAAGUCUCCUCAGGAACCAGAUCGUCCAACUUCAACAAUUCUACGAUCAAGUUCUAGAUAAACUUCCUACGCUUAGCCAAGAAGAGAUCACCGAAGGCGUCGCGACGGUAGUAUCAGUGCAGCCGCCGGAAGAGAUAUUCAAACUGCUCAAGCUCUUCUGCGACCCCUUAGUUCAGAGGCUGAUGGCCAAGGCCAACAAUGCGAUAGACAAAGAGAAGAAGCUAGCAGUUGCUGACCAUUUACAGUUGAUUACACUCUUCACCCAGUGCGUCGUGGUCCUACCCCCUGUCCCGCUAGGUCAGGAAGAUCCCGCAGUGAAAUAUUGGCAAGAGGUUUUCCCGAUAUUGUCAAAGAUCCUGGAAAAUUUCCUUGACUUUACCCCAAUCUGCGAAAGAAUCUGUCGAUGCUGGAGAUUCAUGGUGAUUGCCCAUAGGGGAGCCAUGGCACCAAUCCUCCCAGAUAUGGCAAAUCAGCUAGCGAGUGGAUUCGCCACGUCGAAACAAGGCUGUUUCCUAUGGGUCACUGGUGCUAUUCUGCGAGAGUUCUCCGAUGAUCGAGAGCACGUGGAACAGGCUAUGACAGAGCAUAUAUACGUUUUCUUCGAGGCCCAAGCUACAAAUGUGCUCCGUUUCCUCAGCACGCUAUCACCGACAGACCUCCCGGAUGUGACUGAGGAUUUCUUCCGCCUGGUUGUCGACGGAUUGUUGUAUUACCCUCAGAAAUUUAUCCCAUCAUCGAUAUUCGGUCCCGUGUUCGAAGCCGCCCUCUCCGUUCUCGUCUUAGAGCAACGCGAGCCUUUGUCUGCUACUCUUCAUUAUAUCCGAGAUGUUCUUGGAUGGGGUACCGCAUUUUCGCCUCCGUCAUACGACAAUAUGUCGGCCCCAGUAGCUGAACAGCUAAAGGUUCUCGUGAAGCAACUCCUAUUAGCCCAGGGGGAGACAUUAAUCAAGCGAUUACUCGCUGGCAUGAUGAUCACAUUCCCGAAAGAUUGUUUUGCUGAUGCUAGUGGUGCCCUGCUAACACUAUUCGAGAUUUUACCUGAUCAGACGGCAGCGUGGGUGGACCAAACGCUCCGAUUGCUACCUGAGGGGACCGUCUCAGCCACGGAGGUAGAUCGUCUCAUGACGAAGAUCAAGGAGAAGCUUAGCACCAAUGAUACGGGCGACGUACGACAAAUACGAUCAAUUCUCCAAGACUUCACCAACACUUACCGAAGGAGAUACGUUGCGCCCCGAGACGGCUUAGGGGCGUUGGAGGGAGCACGAUUCCGAUUCGCUGGUUAG